AUGGGGCUCUUCUCGAGAUUCAAGAGGUCCGGAAGCACCAAAUCGCCACAAUCCACAUGCAUCGUCCCCUUGUACAUCUAUCCAACCAACUCUACGACAUGGCAGCCACUUUAUGACGCAAUCGACGAGAAUCCAUCACUCGACUUCGUUGUCGUUGUCAACCCCAAUAGCGGCCCAGGCGAAUCCCCAUGGUGGCCCAAUCUGGACUAUUUGCGCGAAGUACCCAAGCUCAACGCAAGACCCAACUGCACCACACUCGGCUAUGUCAGGACUGACUACUGCAAUCGAGACGUCAGCGAAGUCUUGGAAGACAUUCGACGUUAUGCGAAGUGGCCACAUGAUUUUGGCGUGAAAGGUCUGCACGUCUCGGGCAUCUUCUUCGACGAAACACCCAACGAAUCUUCACAGUUCAAGACCACAUUCUUGCAAAAGAUCAACCAUGAUGUGAAGUCCGCUGAUGGCAUAUUCGGCAGCAAAUUGAUCGUUCACAACCCUGGCACGCUACCAGAUCCUCAACUCACCAGCAAACGGCCGGACAGCACAGCGGUAUUCGAAAAUUCAUACGCACGACUGAUGGGAUCCGAUCGAACUGACGACAAUGACCUGAUCGAAUACUCUCGGCAACAUGCUUGCUACAUGGUGCACUCGGUGCCGAUAGAUCGGGUCAAGGAUGUUACCCACGAGGUUCGGAAGCGAGCACAAUAUGUCUUCGUCACAGACUCCAACGAGCGGUUUUACGAGCAAUUUGGCGCCGGUUUCAAGGACUUCAUCGAUGCCAUGUCGACCGAUUGA